AUGGUGGUGGGUCCGAGGCUGCGUCUCCCGGGACGGAGCCCGCCCAAGAGCCGCGGAUCGCGCCGCGUGGCCACCUCCAGCGCCCUCGCCCUCACCACCGUCUCCUUCAGGCCCCCACCUUCACAAACUCAGCCCCUCCCCACCCUCCAUCAGCCUUUCACCAAAGAGAGGAGGGGGAGAGGGGGGGGGGCCAACAGCCUCUCUGCCUUGUAUUUCAGCAACGUCAAGACCCAGUCCUCAAGACACGCCCACCCCAAACACGCCCAGGAUUCGCACUACGCCGCCAGCACCGGACAGACCCAGUGGCUCCAGAUCACCCUGCAGAAAGCGGAGACCCCCAACCAGGCGGAUAUUAAUGGCUUCUCCACGCUGCACACGGCCGCACUGCACGGACGGCUGGACUGCAUGAAGAUGCUGAUCGAGAAAUACAACUUGGACAUCAACAUGGCCAGCCUGAGAGGCUGGAGGCCCAUCCACCUGGUGCUGGGCCAGGAGAGCAAGGCCAUGGCUGUGGAGUGCCUCCAGUACCUGCUCAGCAAAGGCGCAGACGUCAACGUGCAGAAUUACAACGGGGUGUCUCCCCUUCACAAGGCUGCCAGCGAGGGGCGUGAAAACUGUCUCCAGGUUUUGAUCGACGCCGGGGCCAACGUCCACGCCCACGACAACGAGGGACAGAAGCCCAUCGAUCUGUGCAAAAUGUGGGGCUACAGAGCGUGCGCCAAGCGUCUCUCCCACGCCAUGUGGAAGGCCAAGAAGAAGAACCAGCUGCAACAGAUGGGCAAACUGGAGUCCAUCAAAGCCGUGUGCGAGAUGAAGCAAAGGCAGUUCCUGGAAAGAGAACAGAGAGAGCUGAACAUCUGCAACAUGAUGGCCUUUGAAAGCUGGCUGCUGAAAAAGGGCCUGCCGUUGCCCACUCGGACUGUCCUGGACCUCUCGCAGGUCCAGCGCCACUCGCUGACCCUCCGCAAACUGGCCGGCCAGCUCGCCAGCCCCGUCCCCUCCCUCAGCGCCCUGCUCAGGUCCUCCGACUCGAUCCACAGCAUGCAACGCAGGUACCGGCGCCAGAGGCCCUGGAACCUCAGCACCAACCUGGACUCCGAGCCGGCCACGUCCAUCUUCCGGCCGCACCUCAUCCGGCUGGGCGUGGAGCCCGAGAAGUUGCUGCAGCAGGACUUCACCUCCUUCCUCUUCCUUUUCAAGGAUCCUUUUGGGGAUCCGGUGAUCCAGAUCGACAACAUCGGCAGGGUCUACUCUGUGCCGGAUCUGCCCUAUGAGGUCCUUUACCAGAGCCUCUAUCCCCACACCCAGACGCCCCGCCUGGAGGUGCCCCGAGACCUCCGGCCAGUGCAAAUCUUUAAUCUGAAACACCGGCGUCGGCCGGGGCCGGAGCACUGGUGGACCGAUCAAAUGGCCCUGAGCCUCCGGGUCACCCUGGAUCCCAUCUUCCUCAGCAGCCUGCAGAGCCACAUCUCUGCCUACUGCAGCACCGAAGUUCUGGGCCCAAGGACGGCAAGCCUGGGGUCCCCAAAAAAGACCCCCUCCAUCCAGAGCGAACCAUCCAGCCCAUAAGAGGAAGUCCUCCUGCCCUGCCCCAGAGUGCAAAGGGGCAGGAACCGCCCCCUCCCCUCAAAUGCCCCGUCCCUAUAAAGUAUUUUAUAGGGUUGAACUCUGCAAUGCUCAGAAACAUUUAAUAAUUAAUAAUAAAAGCAGUUAGGGCAAUUCCUCUCCUGCGUCCGUCAGUCCUUAAUUCACGGCAGGAAUUUGGGGCUCCCAAAAUACAGGCAGCCCUCGACUUACGGCCACAACUGAGCCCAAAAUUUCUGCUGCUAAGCAAGACGGUUCCUAAGCGAGUUUUGCCCAGUUUCACCGUCUUUCUCGCCACCGUGGUUAAGUGAAUGGCUGCAGUGGUUCAGUUAGUAACACCGUUGUUAAGUGAAUCUGGCUUCCCUCCUUAUCAAAAGGGGAUCACGUGACCCCCAGGCGCUGUGACCGUCAUAAAUCAGUCAGUUGCCAAGCGCCUGAAUUUUGACCACAUGAUCACGGGGGAGGU